AUGGGCGACGCGUGUGCUACUCCAGCAUCAAAGACGGCUGGGUCGACAUUUGGUGCUUCCGCAUGUGGCUCGAGGACGACGCCGCCGGCCAAGUCUGACCCGUAUCGGUACCAGCUUGGAUUCGGCAACUACUUCUCAUCGGAAGCAGUACCAGAUGCACUUCCGCCGGCGGGUAGGAAUAUUCCUCAAAAGUGCCCCUACGACUUGUACUCCGAGCAGCUGAAUGGCACACCGUUUGUAUCGUAUAGAGAUACUCUUCAACAUGUGUGGAUGUACCGCAUCAGGCCUUCUGUGGCUCACUCUCGGCCAUGUCCCAUGCCCGACAACCCGGAUCUAGAAGCCUGCUUCUCCCCAACAAAUCCGAAUGUCAAUUUCACGCCUCUCACGUACGAAUGGGGUCCACUCGAGUGGCCGGCUGACCACGAAACGGUGACUUUUAUCCAAGGCAUGAAGACGAUCGGUGGCUGGGGCGAUCCAACCAUCAAAGAGGGCGUAGCAAUGCACAUGUACGCCUGCAAUGCCACAAUGACCAAGCAGGCGUUCUGCAACAACGAUGGCGACUUCAUGAUACUGCCUCAGAUUGGACGUUUGGACAUCCGGACAGAGCUGGGUAACCUCAUGGUGCGCCCAGGUGAGCUUGUGGUGCUGCCCGCGGGCAUCAGGUGGUCAGUGGCUCUACCGGACGGACCGGCUCGAGGCUACAUACAUGAGGUCUUUGGGUCACACUUUGAGCUGCCUGACCUGGGCAUCAUUGGCUCUAACGGUCUGGCUGCGCCACGAGACUUCGAGUACCCGGUCGCAUCUUUCGAGAUGGACAAGUCAAGAUGGGAAGUUAUUUAUAAGUUGACCGGAAAGCUGUUCGCCUACAAGCAAAACCACACUCCCUUCGACGUCGUUGCCUGGCACGGCAACUACUCUCCUUUCAAAUACGCAAUGGAAAAGUUCACGCCUCUGAGCUGCGGAAUGAAAGAGCAGCUGGAUCCGGUCAUAUACACGGUCCUGACGGCGCGUUCAAAGACACCCAAAGUCUCCCUGACCGAGUUUGCAGUCUACACGGAGAAGUAUAUCACUGCCCUCGACACGUAUCGACCGCCGUACUAUCACCGCAACAUGUCCACGGAAAUGCUGGGCAUGAUAUACGGAGAGUACCAUGGCUCUGUGAGAGACGUUCAAGAAGGUUGUUUGAGCUGCGAGAACUCCUACAUGCCGCACGGCGACGCGUACGAAGCGUGGAAGGAGGCAACAACAAAAGAGCUGAAGCCAGAGAUCCAGGGCAAGGGAGCCAUGAGUUUCAUGAUCCACAUGAACAACCAUUUCAGUCUCACCAAGUUUGCCACAGAGCGCAACCCGGCCAUCAAACAUAUUCCUGGGUACCAGGGAGAAUUCUGGGAUGACCUCCAAGGCCAUUUCAUGGACCACCUGGACGAGGUCAACUCGAAGCUUGCCGCCGCUGGUCUACCGACGUUGGGUCAGGAGCCCGCGUAGACGAAACGAACAACUUGCGCGGAUCGUCCUCCGGUCUCGCCAUUGCUGGAGAUGGAUAUCCGAGUCAGAAGC